CUCUCUUUCCUCUCCUUCUCUUCCUUUGCUUACAGCUUCAGACAUUUGGGGAAUCCUCAAACAAGUUGUUAGUGCACAGACACAUUGUCACAGAAAUCUGUAAAUGCUCAGGGACUGUAUGUAAGUUCUGCCCUGCCGUGUCCCAGCUCCUUCACUUUGCAUCUUUCGUGGUGGACGCAGACUGCGCCGGUUGGAGACACCUUCAGCGUUUGGCUUUUUGAUUAUGGCAUUGUAAAGCCCUACACACUGGAUGUACACUCGACUCGCUGAUGGAGUUUGUGAAGCAGGACUGAUCACAGAGUCUGAUCAUAGAGACGCUCACUGCUGGACACAUACAGAAUCCUCGCUGUUGUCUCGCGUGGGCUCCGCCCCCAUGGACCUGCGCGUAGGUGAGCGUCUGGUUCGUCCAGGUUCGGACACAGCCUUCCUGUCUCCUCUUCAUCCUCCUCUGCUGCUCAGUCCCUUCAAUACCCAACACUGUUCCCAGUACAGUCAGCCGCAGAUGCAGCGUAUACAGUUUAACAUGGAGCAGCAUUUACGAGAUCAGGAGCAAGCCAAACAACAGUUACAACAACUUAAACACAAGGACAAAAGCCAACAGAGUGCUGUGGCCAGUGCAGUAGUGAAGCAGAAGCUUGCAGAAGUGAUUCUGAAGAAACAGAAGCAAGCGGUGCUGGACCGAACAAACUCCAAUCCUCUGAGUCCCCCGUCCGUCCCUUACCGGGAGUUGGUUCCAGAUCCCAGUGCUACCCUACAGCCGCUUCUGUCCUCCCCAAAACCAUCUGUCAGUGAAGGAGCGGACGAGCCUCCGCUGAGACGAGCCACUUCAGAGCCAAACCUGAAGGUGAAGCAUAAGUUAAAAAAGCACCUGAACACCCGCAAGAGCCCGCUGACCCGCAAAGAGAGCGCGCCGCCUACCGUUAAACAUCGAGUACCUGACACACUGGAUUCAUCUCCCAGCAGCAGCAGUACUCCAGUAUCCGGCUGCAGCUCUCCAAAUGACAGUCUGCCCAAUGAGAAUGGAGCGCUGCCCUCUAGUGCCAGCCUGUCACAUGAGGCUCAGAGAUUGUUGUUGCAGGAUGGAUCUUUAGCUCACUUCACAGUGCAAAAUCCAUCCAGUCUCCCAACAAUCACAUUAGGACUCCCCGCCAAUGCCAAGACGGAAAGUGACUUGAGUUCACUUAGGCUUGGCCGAGUGCCGAUGGUUUCAGGUGGUUCUCCAGUGUUGGUUCCUCUGGGUGUUGAAGAGCAGACAGGACCACUCAUGCAACCCGUUCUCAUCUUGGAGCCCUCUGGACUUGUACACGCCCCUCUACUGGCCGUUCCAGGUCUGGGUCCGGUUCCGCUGCAGUUCAGCGCGUCUGGUCCUCAUAAACCGUUGAGCCGCACGCGUUCAGAGCCUCUGCCUCAGAGUCCGCGAGCUCUUCAUCCUCACCUGCUUCAACAACAUCACAGCGCGCAACUACUGGAGAGACUUAAACAACAGACUCACCUUGGCAAGCUCAUGUCAAAGUCCAGCGAGAAACCUCGUCUCAGACAAAUCCCCUCGGAGGACAUGGAUUCAGAGGAGGUGGGGCCAACGGUCGGCGACGCCCACCAGAGCAGGUUGAGGGUGGAGUCACAGCGAGAGCUGGAGAGUCAAGAGGAUCAAAUACACUUACAACACACUCUCAUCCUAAACCAGUCACGUCUGUGGGAGACGCAGAAACAACUGCAGCAACUGCGCAGACAGACGGCCCACAUGGAGACACUGGCCGUACCCAUGAUGCUCAGCGGCGCACAUCGUCCUCUCUCGCGCACGCAGUCGUCUCCAGCCUCCACCUCGCUAACGCUGCCGGAAAAACCCGUAUCCCUCACCACGGCGACAGAGCCAGCGCAAAGCCAACCCCGCUUCACUACGGGGCUGGUGUAUGACUCUCAAAUGCUAAAACAUCAGUGUACAUGUGGUGAUAAUAGCAGUCACCCAGAGCAUGCUGGGAGAAUCCAGAGCAUCUGGUCACGUCUCCAGGAGCGAGGCCUUCGAGGACAGUGUGAGAGUAUUCGAGGAAGGAAGGCGACCCUAGAGGAACUUCAGUCCGUCCACACAGAGCGUCACGUUCUGCUUUACGGCACCAACCCUCUGAACCGCCUUAAACUGGACAACCGCAAACUGGCCGGCAUACUGUCACAGCGGAUGUUUGUCAUGUUACCCUGUGGUGGAGUGGGGGUGGACAAUGACACCAUCUGGAAUGAGAUGCACACGUCCACAGCGUCUCGUAUGGCGGCCGGUAGCGUUACCGAGUUGGCUUUCAGAGUGGCUAAAGGAGAGCUUAAGAAUGGCUUUGCUGUGGUCAGACCUCCAGGACAUCACGCAGAUCCGUCCAAUCCCAUGGGUUUUUGUUUCUUCAACUCGGUGGCGAUCGCUGCUAAACAGCUCCAGCAGAAGCUCAAUGUCAAUAAAGUCCUCAUAGUUGAUUGGGACGUUCACCAUGGCAACGGCACCCAGGAAAUAUUUUACAACGAUCCGAGCGUUCUCUACAUCUCCCUGCAUCGCUAUGACAACGGAAACUUCUUCCCUGGCAGCGGAGGACCGACAGAGGUGGGCUCAGGUGCUGGUGAGGGUUUCAAUGUUAAUGUGGCAUGGACCGGUGGUCUGGAUCCUCCCAUGGGCGAUGCCGAGUAUCUGGCUGCUUUCAGGACGGUGGUGAUGCCCAUCGCUCAAGAGUUCUCGCCAGAUGUUGUGUUGGUCUCAUCUGGAUUCGAUGCUGCAGAAGGACAUUCAGCUCCCCUAGGAGGAUACAGGGUCACUGCUAAAUGUUUUGGGUUUUUGACCCGUCAGUUGAUGACAUUAGCAGGAGGACGUGUGGUUCUGGCAUUAGAGGGAGGUCAUGAUCUCACAGCCAUAUGUGAUGCUUCUGAAGCCUGCGUCAGUGCUCUGCUGGGGCUCGAGGAGCCGCUUGCUGAGUCCACAUUACUGCAGACGCCCAAUGCCAAUGCAGUUCUUUCACUCCAGAGAGUUUUACAAAUACAGAGUCAGUAUUGGUCAUCAGUAAAGUCACUGAUGGGUACAGUUGGCAUGUCGUUUUUGUCCGCUCAGAGUAAAGAUUGUGAGGAGACAGAUACAGUCAAUGCUAUGGCUUCUCUGUCUGUCGCGGUGUUGACUGGUAACAGCCUUGCUGAUGAACCAAUGGAGCACGAUGAAGACUCCCUUUAAACCAGCUGUGAUAACAUGUCCACACAUCACUCGAGCGAGCCGUGCCUCAAGACCAGAACUGCCUCAGGGGGCGUGGCUUCCUCGUCCCCUCCCCGAGAUGCCACCUCAACACUGACGACCAGCACAGCGCGGCGAAGCUAAUAUCCGGCGGUUAUAAUUCUGCUGGAGCUCUUGGAUUCACAGCGUCCCCUCAUCUUACGUUACCGACAUACAGAUAUCUAAGAAAGUAGGAUGAUCGCUCUGUGUUUUUAAUUUCCAAAGGCAGGCAAUAAACCUCUGGUGCCUCAAAAGAGACAACAAGCGCAAACAAGAUUUGUAGAAAUGGUCAAGGAUUUUUGUAACUUUUUUAAAGGCAGCCCACUUUACUGCCCCUGACAAGCAAACUGUUGAAGCGCUGAUGGGGAAUUAGUGGCUUCCUUGCACCUGGCAACCACAAAGUGGCUCCACUCUAUGAUGUCAUUACUAUUGGCCAAUUGUGACCACUAAAGAAGAAGAUAAAAGGUCUGAUUUUGACAACUGUUGGUUUCUUAAGUCGUCAUUUUUGCACUGUGCAUUCCAUAAUGUGAACCUUGAACAUUUUUCCAAAACUCUGGGAAAAGGAAAAUUGAAUGAUCUAGUUUUACCUUUAACAUUCGUAUUUUUAAGUGAAGCAAAAACCAAACAUUUACUUUCUCGUCAAGUUCACUUGCGUUCUGCCUGCAUUCCCAGCGUGAAGGCUGUAAACUUGAAUACUUUGUAAUGAUUUCAUGUAUCUGAAUAUGUAUUAAGCCUCGUGUUUUAAAGGCCAGAGGGACAAACCAGCUAUUAACAAGUUUAUUGCACACAUCCACCCCAAAACACACACACGACACGCCCCAAUCUUUGUUUCUGUGCAUCCAAACAAACACUGUAGUCAACAGUAAGACUGUCUUAAACCAAACUCAUUAGAAUCGAAUUGUUUAAUACACGUGCUUGCGUGCGUGUGAGUAUCUAGAAAUCAUAACUUCACAAUCAAACCUCUAUUGUAAUUAUAAAAUGACAUUUACAUGAGCUGUCAAAGCCACAUAAACAGCCUAAAAGAGUGCCUGAUGUUCCUAAACAAUACUUUUAAAACAAGGAGCAGCCUUUUAACCUGUGGAGAAGAAUGUCUGAAGUUUAAUGCACAUUUAAUGAAUUUCUUUUUCUUUUUUUUAUGAGGGAUGCAUUGUUUUUGGAUGGCGUUCUGUUUUCCACAGCAUGCACAGAGAUCUUUAAUUCACAACAGUUGUGUGGAUGAAGUUUAUAGUGCUUAAAUAUAUCUCACAGCCGCUGGGAUUCACAUUUACACCGCUGUUCAUGUAAAAAUAUUCACACCAAAGCAGACGGAUCUCUUUAAACCAGGUCACUGUGCCUCCUGUUGGUUUAAUAUCAACAUAUUCCACUUUACAAACACUUUAUUACUUGUAAAAGUUAUUUCGUGUUUCAAACCUCUGUCAGCUAGUUUCUGACAGGCCAGAUCAGUGAAAUGUUUUAUUACGAUCCCAUAUGCUGUACGGUAAUGAUGUCUUAAAACUCAGGCACGUUGUCAUGUUGUUUAGUUCAUCGAUCGUCAGGAAGGUUAAGCUCAACCCGUGGUUCAGUAUGUGGUGCUCGUUUGACUUUUGCACUGUGCUAUUCGGUUGACCGACUAUCAGACGUCUCCUUCAUUAUGAGAGUCAGCCGUCAUCUUCAGGCUCUUUGUUGAAAUAAGGAAAGGCACGAAUGACGUAGGGAAUCUUUGAGGAACUAUUUUUAGGUGUGGGCCUGGUUACCAUUGUGCAGAUUUGUACCAAUAUUCUGUGUUAUUUACAUUUAUCAAUGACCAAACUUGUUGAGUUGGUAUUACUCUGUACAACCCUGUACCUCUGUCUCUACAACUAAACACACCAAGAGAGACGAGAAAGUUUAUUUUUUGCCUUCACUACAAGAAACGAUGAGCUGAGCUGACAGAUAGCUGUUAUUUCUUACAUAUUCAUAGAGGCAUUCCUUCUCUCAUACAGUACUUAUUUGUUAGGUUUGUAUUGUCUCUACACAAAUAUGCAGACACAAAUGUUUGCAUGCGCUCUUGUGUUACUGUUGCAUUAACAAGCAUCAGUACUGAAGGUUGUGAAUGUGUUACCUUCAGAUCUCCAUGCCAUUGGACCGAUUGUGUUUCUAUUCAGGUAGCUCUUAACUUAUAUGUCAUCAAACUUUAACUUUAAGAUAACGGGAGUCGACUUUCAAGAAGCUGUUUUCAUGUUUCGGUAACGCAUACGUGAACACAGCUCCGUCUCAAGCACCGAGCCACACAUUCCUAAUAGAAAACCAAAUGCUCAGUAUUGCACCUGCCCUCAUUGGCAGACUAAAGUCUCUUUUAUUGCCUUUGAACCAAACCACUGUGGAUACAUGUUGUGUAUAUAGUACCAUCAUCCCAUGUGUAUAGUCAUUGUCAGUGUUUUGUUUAUGGGGGAGGUUUUCAUGAAGACCCUGGGCAGCCUUUGCCCACCAGAUCACCAUGAAGACUGUUCAUGAAGUCAUAGCUAAUCUCUCCCAACUACCGGUGAUCUCGCCGUGUAUUUAUAUGGUAGUACUUCAAACAGUGCACUUGCUUUUCACCAACAACAAAUCAUGCCCGCUCACCUUCGACCGUCGGAAAAAAACUAAAACUAAAAUAAAACAGCACUUACAGUGACGGACUACAAACAAACCUCCACAUUCCCUUUCAGUUUGGGACACUGACACCUGCGUCUUAUAUUUAGUUAUAUUUGAAUGGUGUAUUUUUACAAUAGCUUUGUGCAUUUGUACUGUUUUGAUAUACCUCUUGAAGCGCUCGUAUUUUCUUGUCUCUCUGAAAGUCUUAAUUCUUCUGUCUUUAAUAAUAAUCCCAUUAAAUGCCUUUUUAUAUCGAUUGUGUAAAUAAUAGACCAAAAGACUUCAUCUGUGUGCCUUGAAGUUCACGGCUAACUGGAUCUGUUUAACAACAAAUAACCAAUUCCCAUUCUGUAUGUACUUUAUGAUUCCUUUGUUUAUUUCUUUGUGUAUAGAAAAGAAUGUCUAUUUUGUACUGUUUCUAUUUUCCAAAAUUAAAAUGAAAGCCUUUUUUUUGUUUGCCUGAA